AUGGUGACGGAUAAACACGGGCGACAGCCGGGUCGCAGAACACAUCGCAAAUCGCGUAAUGGUUGUCUACAGUGCAAACAGCGACAUGUCAAAUGCGAUGAAUCUCGCCCAGCCUGUGUUGCCUGCACGUCAUCAGGACGUAGAUGCUCCUAUCUCGAUCUGCUACCCAUUGUGCGUCCGGAUUUGAAUCCGGGUGACCACGCUCGCAUUGUUUCGCUCAGCCCGCUGUCUGCCGCUGAAACUCCUGCUUCAACCGGAUCGAUCUGCUGUAGAACGGCUGAGCUCAGUUUCAAUGCCGACGAUGCCCCAGGCUCAUCACCAACUGCUGCCGCCGUGCUUCCUUCCACAUCCACUUCGACACCACUGAUAUUCGAAAUGCGGCAUCUUAUACUUAUGCAUCACCUCGACACCGUUGUGCUGAAGGACCCGUUCUUGGCGCCUGAGUCGGAUGACCGCGGGCCAAUUAACAUCUCCAAGGCCAUCGUGGAAUCAGCCGAGACAGUCCCUUACUUGGUGAUAGAGGCCCUUGCAAUAUCAUCGGCUCAUCUUAGCACUACCCAAACUGAUCCUGCUGAACGGAUGAAGUACUUCCAGGCGGCCGAAGAACUUCAAACUCAAGCACUGAGUCUUUUCAAUCAAUCCCAGGUCCAAGUUACCAAGGAGAACUGCGUACCAAUAUUUCUUUUCUCAUCCUUGCUGGGUAUGCACGCCCUGUUUAAUGUCAGCAAUGCCGGACCGAGUCAAUUCAUUGCCAAAUUCGUUCAGUAUCUGCAGGUCCAUCGAGGUGUGCGUAUAGUCGUCAGCGAUAGUUGGCAUAUUAUUCUUAACUCGGGCACGAUACAACAUGCCGAUUUACUCAAUACUUUAACCCUUGAUCAACCCAAGACUUCAGGUCCUAUUGACCAGUCGGAUAUACUAGUAGGAUUACUAUCAGACUCUCGUUCCACGAUCGGAGAGUUUAUUUUCAGCAUUUAUAUGAGUGCUGCACAGUUAUUACAGCAAGUCUACCAAGGCCAUCGCAGCCUCCCACCACAUGUCCGACCUAGUGUUAUUAUCAUUUGGCCUCUUAAAGUCUCGCCGGAAUACAUUGAGCUAGUCGACCAACGGCAACCCAUCGCCUUGAUCAUUUUGGCCUACUGGGCUCUUCUCUUACAUUACGAGGGCGAGUUUUGGGUCUUUAAGAAGUCUGGACAUGUUCUUAUAAAGUCUGUCUCUGAGCAUGUAGGGCCCUAUUGGGAUAAGUGGCUGGCCCCUUUGAAAGACAUUAUUGGGGUUAUGACGGAGGAUGGGGGUCGUCCUGGUGCUUAA